GUAAAAUCAAGUGCUUAACAGGGACUGCAAGUCCAGCUCACUCUCCAGUGAGCAUUAGUGCUGCUUGGACUGUCCCCUUUCCAAGUCUCUCUCUCUCUCUCUCUCUCUGUGUCUCUGUGGAUGCCCAAGUCACAGCAUCGCGAAGCAAGUUCCUCAAUUUCUUCGCCGUUUUGAUUCGCUUUUACAAAUACGAAUCACCGAACAGAGAAUGGAUCCCAACACAAAAACAAACAAACCCUACCAUUUCCUUGCUUGCUAGGAAUCCCCAUUUCCAACGCCCAUACGAAUAUGAAUAUAUGGAUAUGAUGAUGAUAUAUGCCAUCAUGCCCUAACCUCCUGAUCUGCGACCCUCUUCGCCGGUAAAACCCACGACCCAAGAAGAUGCAGAAUUCCAUCCAUAACAAACCACGCCGCCGCCGUGACCCUCCGCCUCGACGCCGCUCCUGGUGCUGCUCCUUCGCCGUGCCACCGCGCAGCCCGGAUAACCCUUUCUUCUCCCACCCCAAGCCCCCGCCGCCUCAAACCCUCCUCAAAUCCGCUCCUUCCUUCCCCAACUCUCCCCAGACCCGCUUGGGCUUGGUGGGCCGGAUCGACCGCCGCCGGAUCCUCUCCCCCGGCCGGGUCUCCCCCAUAGACUCCGACCCCACCUCAGAUCCGGUCCCCGAAAUCCCCGUUUCCGAACCCUCGCCGGCCGCCAAUGCGAACGGGUUUUGGACGCUGGAGCGCUCGGAGAAGUCGCGGGGCCCGGAGGGUUCGGAGAGCUCGAGUGAUGAUGCUAGAGAGGACGGCGGCUUGGGAAUCUUCGAUGUGAGGCUGAGUUUGAAAGGGAAGAAUGGGGGCUGUUUGGUGCUGGAGCUGAAUUCGGAGGUUCUGAGUGCGAACAGUAUGAUUUUCGCCAAAUUGAUCGCGGAUUGCCGGAAGGGUUCCAGCGGUUCGGCGGCAAAUCUGUGUAGGAUUGAGGUUCCUGAAGUGGAGAACUUGAAUGUGUUCCGGGAGACCAUUGAGCUGAUGUUUGAAGAAGACAUCACUAAGCGUUUGUUGAAGAUGGGAGUUUAUCGGUCAAUCGACAUGCUUGAGGUAUCUGCAGGAAUCAUGUUCACUAAGGGUGUGAUGUCCUGUUUAAAAUACCUUGAGGCAGUGCCUUGGAGUGAGGAAGAAGAGGAGAAACUAAGGAACCUGUUCAAUAGGUUUAAGUUUGAUGAAGAAACAACUCAAGACAUCUUGGCCAGACUCUAUCCACUGGACUCUGUAGAUUCCCAGCAAAUUUUGGCUAAAAGGUUGGUUUGGUCUAUUACCAGUUGUACUGAUACGAAUGCAAGAAAUGAGCUAAAGUCUUUAGUCAAGGGCCUCUUGUGCAAAAGUUCGAUCUAUGAGAAGAACUAUCCAGACAUCAACAAGGGGGAUCUUUAUGCUGUUUGCCAGUCUUGCCUGGGUUCACUGGUUAGACUGUUUGAGGAAGCCUCCACCUCAAAUAGCUCUAGGAAAUUUGUCAAACAAGAGACAGAUAAGCCCUUAGUCGAGCGCAUCUCAAAACAGGUUGACAAUAUCAACUGGCUCAUGGAGCUCCUUCUUGAUAAGCAAAUGGCUGAGGACUUUGUUGAUCUGUGGGCAGAUCAGGGGGAGUUGUUAAAAAUGCAUGAGAAGGCAUCCCCGAUGGUUAGGUAUGAGCUCAGCCGGGUUUCAGCUAUGUUGUUCAUUGCACUAGGGACCCGAAAACUGCAGUGCAAGUCAGAAACAAGAUUGGCGCUACUUCAGGCCUGGUUUAAUCCCAUGCUACUGGACUUUGGUUGGCUACAAAGGUGCAGAAAGGGUCUGGAUGUGAGGGCAUUGGAGGAAGCCAUGGGGCAGGCCCUGCUUACGCUUCCUCUGAAGCAGCAAUACGGGCUUUUUAUGGAAUGGUUUCGGUGUUUUUCCAAGCAGGGUGCUGAAUGCCCAAACCUGAGUAAAGCAUUCCAGGUAUGGUGGCGUCGAUCGUUCCUGAGAGGCUCUGAAACUUAUGCCGUUGAAUCCAGGUGAUUCAGUUGGAUCAGUCACAGUUUCCCUCUUUUGUAUUGUGGUGUAAUCUUGCAGUAGUGUUGUUGUAGGUUUAAAUGAUUACUGGCACAUGUGGAAGGAAAUUAAUAAUGUAGAGAGAGAGAGACCACCAAGUAGCUAUGUAGAUUUGUUAAAAGAGCUCUUGUUAGUUAAUGGCUUAACCGGUAGUAGUUGCAGUUGAAAUAUGUUCUUGGUUGUGA